AUAAAUCUUCCUAAAUCAUCAGCAAUUUUAUGGUAGGCUUCAAGGAUUGAAUUAUUAUUUGGAGAAGGAGUAGCAGGACAUUGCUGGUAGUGAAUGAAGAUUAAACAAAUUCCACAGUCCUAUGUGUGAGCGUUAGCCGAUCUGGUCGUCGUGUGGAAAUUGUGCCCCGACGGGUACUUUUAUCAUGUCAGAUUUCGAACUUCCGAAAUGGGCUGGCCAGGCUCCUUCGGGCCUGCAUCUGGAUGUGUACAAGAAUGAUCAGCUGAUUCGGAAAAUCAUGCUGGACGACAAGCAAAGCUACUACUUUGGACGAAAUCGUGACGCUUGCCAGGUGGUGGUUGAGCACUCGUCGUGUUCUCGUGUUCAUUGUGUGCUGCUGUAUCACAAGCACUUGAACAGGUCAUUUCUUAUCGACCUUGGCAGCACGCAUGGCACAUUUCUUGGCAAAAUUCGGCUGGAUGACAAGAAGCCAACGCCGGUGCAAAUCGGCAGUACGUUCCGACUGGGUGCAUCCACGCGCAGCUUUGUCAUCCGUGAGAAGCCCAAGCAGGCUGCUGCGGUCAGCGCUGAUGGGGAGACAGAGGAAGCGGCUGAGGGCAGCUUCCUGGGCAUUAGUGAAAAUGUGGACUAUGACGAGAUUACCGAGUUCAAUACAGCCCAUAACCGACGCAUUCCCACAGUGAUAGAUAUGGCGGCUGCGCGGCCCAAACGCAAGCGCAGCCUAUCAUUGCGCUUUGCUGAGGAGGACACCAUCAUCAAUCCAGAGGACAUUGACCCAAGUGUGGGGAGGUUUCGCAAUCUUGUGCAGCAGACAGUUAUCAUAGGCCCUAACAAGAAGGUGAAGACAGAAGGCCAGACGUCUGCAGGUCGACUUCCAUCACCCACUGGAGGUGCAGUUCGACGGAGUUCGUCCGCGUCUGACCCUGGUGCUGAUGGCGGCAAGGAUUCGGCCUCCCUCUACUCGGACAUACCGGGUGCCAUUACCGGUGGCCUGCGUAGCUUGCCAAACAGUGCACCGGCUGUCAGUAUGCAGCCGGUGAAUGCUGUCAAGGAGAAACCAGCCCCGGCGCCCCCUGUAUUCGCUGCUGUCUCCGAACCGGAGUCUAAGAGAAAGAAGUAUGCCAAGGAAGCGUGGCCGGGCCGUGCCCCAACGGAACGCCCCGCUGUCUCCAACAAUUUCCUGAUGUCUUAGUCGGGAUGGGAUGUUGGCGGUUGCCACGCUGUUGUGAUGAGGUGAUGAAGUGAUGCUGCUUGACAAACUGUACAUGAUGUAGAAAAUGUAAUGCUAUUUUGCUUGUAUAUACUGCUUGGUGUUAACAUUUUAUCCGUUGUUACUGCCCUGUCUUUUCUCCCCGGUUUGUUGUGUUGUGGCUGGUUGACUUGUCUGAAGCUUUUUGCCUUUACAUAGCCUGUAGUUUGCUUGCCAUUUGUCUUUAGACAUGUAGAUAACGUUGUAGUAGUGAAGGCUGUGCGGGGGAUUCCCCUCCCAUAUUCAUUAAAAUACUAUGCUUGAUUUUGGACUGUUCCCGUAUCAUUUUUGCCGCUUCAAAUUCUACAUAUGUAUAGCUGUGUUUCUUUGUGCUAUAUGUUUUGGUUUACCAGACUGUGUAUCUAAUGGCCUGGGAUUCAGAAACAUGCAUCUGUAACAUUUGUAUGCGUCCACUA